AUGUCUUUAGUGCACGCAAAUAAGCAGCGCUACAUCGAGGAGCAAGAGCAUGAUGAACAUCAUUCUGAUGAAAUAAAAUCAGGAGAAGGCGAGCUAUCCAAUGAAGAUAGCCUUAAUUUAAGUCCACAUGAUGAAGACCAGGCUCGACUUAUUUUAAAACGUAAAUUACAAAGGAAUCGUACCUCUUUCACAAACGAGCAAAUAGAUUGCUUAGAAAAGGAAUUCGAGCGCACACAUUAUCCAGAUGUUUUUGCCCGCGAGAGAUUAGCAAGCAAAAUUGGUUUGCCUGAAGCCCGUAUACAAGUUUGGUUUUCCAACCGACGUGCCAAAUGGCGACGUGAGGAAAAACUUCGUAAUCAGCGAAAUACGCCAAAUACAACGAACGCUAAUUUACUUACAUCAACAUCAACAUUAUGUGAAAGUUCAAAUAGUUUAGGGGCGAAUUCAACAACAAUAACUACCUGUAAUGGCAAUUCGACGUCAGAUAUUGUAUCUCCAUCACCACUUAUAAGUUUGACGCGUUCCUCAUCAGCUCUUGGCGGAUCUGUAGCGAACUGUUCUCCAUCGACAGGUACACCUGAUAACUUGCAAAACUCUACAGGAAGCAGUAGUAAUAAUAGUAAUUCAGCUGAAAUUUCUGUGAGUUCAGAAAAACCGUCUGGGAGCACAACUUUAUUGGGUAUUGGUAAUGUUAACAGUACUAUACACUCCGCCACUCAAACUAGUGUAAAUAGUUCGCUGCUGCCUCCUCUUUCACCGCAUUUAAACUUUAAUAGCAAUUUUGGAAGUACAAUUAAUUCAUUAUAUCCUUCAAUGCAUCAUCAUACGAUGGCUGUAUCGGACACCUAUAAUUCAUUGUCAUCCUUCACUCAAAUGUCGUCAUCACUAGGUCAACAAAGGGAAUUAACUCCGCCAUCGCUAUACCAGUGUCACAUGUCAUUGCGACCACCGACGCAUCAUAAUAUAGGAAAUUCAUUUGGAAACACUUCUUUAUCAAUUGGAAAUAAUAGUAAUAAUCAACACGUAUAUUAUGGAAGUGGUAGUGAUUCUAUAAGUGGAUACCCUUCGCAUGUAAUUGGAGAAAAUAUUUCAAUGCCUAACCCAAUAACCUGCAAUGCUGAUUUUAACCGUGAAACCUCAGCCGCUAAUCAAUUAAUUAAUUCAGGAACUAGUGAUAACUUAUCAAAUUCAUCGUAUAUUCAACUAGGAUAUAAUUCUUCUGCAUCUAGUACAGUUGCUGCAUCCUCGAUUAGUUCUAAUAAUGGCAACAGUGCGACGGGUAAACAGCAACAGUUCUUUGCAUCUUGCUUUUACUCACCUUGGGUUUAAAAAUCUAAAAACUUAUGUACAUCGGUUUAUGACUAAACAUUGA